AUGUCCACCUACAUGUAUAUUUUAGAUAUUGGUAGAUUAGCUGACGAUCAGACAAAAGAUAAGUCAUCUCAAGUAGACCGGCUGGACCACUUUCUUACUCAAUCUGUGAUGGUGCAGACAGUCAAGCAAAAGACAUUAGUAAAUAGAGUUAUAGCUAGUACGGAAACCAUGGAUAGUAUCCAUGCUCAAACUAACAGCUGUGUUCUGUCAACAGAUGGUGGAAUACAGUGUGAUUUAUCAGAGAUGCCUGUAGCCAACAAAGAUGAUGACUUGAUUUAUGAUGACUUAGUGAGUGAUGCAGAUGAAGACAGCAGGAGUGAUGAAUCAAUGUUCUGUAGUGAUGAGUCUUUGAUGAAGAACAAGAAACAAACUUUGAUAAAGACCAUAUUUCAACUUUGGGAUAUUUACCAGCAGUCGUAUUUUGCUCAGUUAGCUCAAGAAGGCCAACCAUUGGUGUUAGGGGGAGAUGGAAGGGCUGAUAGUCCUGGCCAUUCUGCUAAGUAUGGUUCAUACUCUCUAAUGGAGCUCAAUCACAAUAUUGUUUUGGAUAUUCAGUUAGUACAGAGUAAUGAGGUGCUAAGUAGUGAUCAUAUGGAAUUGGAAGGCUUAAAAAGGAGUUUUGGAAAGAUUCAUGACAAUUGCAUGAAAGUGAAUAGCAUUAUUACAGACCAGCAUCAGCAAAUAAAUAAGUGGCUUAGAGAGACGCAUCCUACAAUCAAACACUAUUAUGAUGUAUUCCACAUAGCGAAAGGUAUACUCUGAUACUUAUGAUAAUGUAUAUCACAAGCAUGUACUAGGUAUCAAGAAAAACUGAAGGCACUGGCAAAACAAAAAGAUUGUAAAAUAGGAGACUGGUCAAAGAGCAUCAUUAAUCAUUUGUAUUGGUGUGCUAUGACCAAUACAGAUGAAAACUCCAAAAUGAUUGCAGACAAAUGGCUCUCGUUGGGUAACCACAUCCACAAUAAACACAAUCAUUCUGGUCUAUUCAAGAAAUGUGCCCAUCAGAGGAUACAAGGAAGAGUAAAGCAGAAAUGGUUCAAACGACAUGACAAAUCUAGUGUCAAAAUCACUGACACACUAUUUAAUACACGUCUGUGCAAUCAAAUCAAGAAGUUGUCACCCUCGUAUCAAACUUCAUCAAUUGAAGCGUUUCACAGUGUCAUCAUCCAAUUUGCACCCAAAUUAAGAUGCUUUUCUUACAAAGGAAUGUUAGCUCGAUUACGCUUGGCAGCACUACACUUCAAUGAAAAUAGCAGCAAAAAACAGGCCAAGACUCAAGUAGGCACAGACAGAUAUGCAAUAUCUUUUCCAUAA